AUUUGUCGCUCGUAACUUGGUCGUGAAAUGCGAGUUCAUUUCUACUUUGAAUGCCAAGUUCGGCGAACGUUGAGUCUUGUGAAAAUAAUGUGCUCAGCUUGGUGUGAAGCCGUAUAAAUAUUUGAAUUUACAAUAAUAAAGCAGACCGCGCUCGUUACUUUCGUAACAAAUUUCUAUCAUAACUAAAUCAAUAUACAUAAAAUAAUAAGAAUGGAAAAGUUACAUGAAUAUCAAGGGUUAACCGGUCGACUCCACCAAUGGAGAGACAACAUAAGGGAAAAGUUCAGUACGAAUCAAGAAAAUUCAACCAGCUUUUUGGAAAAAGUCAAAAGUACCGCCAGAGAUCAACUGAAAGGAAACGCAAGUGCAAAUGCGGAUUAUUCACAUAUUUAUAGACACAAAACCAGAGCAGAGCUUAUCCGAGUAUCCGCUGCUGUGAUGGGCAUUGAGUUCUCAUAUGCGGCAGAAACAGCUUUUGUGUCCCCAACCUUGCUUAAAAUCGGCGUGGAGCAUCAGCACAUGACAUUGGUUUGGGCGUUGUCUCCUUUGGUUGGAUUCUUUCUUUGCCCCAUAUUGGGCUCAUUUUCAGAUCGUUGCAAGUUAAACAUUGGACGUCGACGCCCAUUCAUAAUUCUUUUAUCAAUAGGAGUUUUUCUCGGAUUGAUAUUGGUCCCAAAUGGGGAAAACUUGGGAUAUUGGUUCGGGGAUGUUGAUCCACAUUUGCAAGCUGCUGCAAUGAAUACGACGUAUAAUAUAACGUAUAAUUAUUUAAACAUAAUUCCUCACAAAACAACGGCCUCAAAAUCGGAUAAUGUGGUUCAUUCAAAGACCUCGCAUCCUUGGGGUAUUUUCUUUACUGUGCUUGGCACUGUUCUACUUGAUUUUGAUGCAGACGCCUGUCAAAGUCCCUCCAGAGCAUACCUGUUGGAUGUGUGCAUUCCAGAAGAUCAUGCCAAAGGACUAUCUACAUUCACCAUUAUGGCUGGCCUAGGAGGCUUCUUUGGCUAUUCAAUGGGUGGCUUGAACUGGGAUGAAACGGAAAUAGGGAGACGUCUAGGGGGUCAUGUAAAGGCCGUUUUCACGAUAAUUACAUUCAUUUUUAUCGCCUGUGUGUCAUUCACAAUAACCAGUUUUACUGAAAUUCCCCUAUGGGUGCUAUCAAAUCCGAAAUCGAAAAUGGGCCCAAAUGAAAAAUCCGAAUUGGAAAACACAUCCACUAGUUAUGGAGCUAUAAACAAUGAUGAUGAGUAUAAAAACAAUAAAAAUGUUGAUGAGUUGACAACUGUGGCGGCAUCGGAACAAGGUUUUUCAAAUAAAGAGAAUGUGGGCGAAACAUCUUUUACAGAAAAUCAAGAUGGGAUGCACAGAUUUGAAUCCGCAACGGACUUUUCUGUACCACAAAAUGGCGACGAAGUCCAAUCCUUAUCACAUUACUUACUUUCUAUCGUGUAUAUGCCCUACUCCCUGCGCAUAGUUUGCCUCACAAACCUCUUCUGCUGGAUGUCGCAUGUUUGCUACUCGCUCUAUUUUACCGACUUUGUGGGGGAGGCUGUCUUCAACGGUGAUCCAAGAGCAAUGGAAGGAACAAUACCACAACGAAAAUACGAAGAAGGUGUUCGCUUCGGAUGCUGGGGUAUGGCGAUGUAUUCCCUAUCUUGCGCAUGCUACUCACUGGUUAUAGAUAAGCUUAUCCAACGAUUUAGGGCAAAAUCUGUAUAUGUUGGAGGACUUCUCUUCUAUUGCGUUGGAAUGACACUAAUGGCGUUAACACGCGCUAAAUUCAGUGUCAUUCUCUUUAGUUGGACGGCAGGUGUAAUGUACUCUACACUCUUCACCAUGCCCUACUUGCUUGUGGCACAUUACCAUUCCGUUGACACAUUUGAAGUAGACGGAAGCGGUUGUGCAAAAUUGGGAUCUGGAGUACGGGGCUUAGGUACCGACGUUGCCAUUGUUAGCAGCAUGGUUUUCUUAGCCCAAUUUAUUCUAUCAAUGUGUAUGGGUAUAAUUGUUAAACUUGCUGGAACAACAACAGCUGUUAUUAGCACUGCCAGUUUUUUAAGUUUCUGCGGAGCUUUGUCGGCAACAAAAAUUAUUUAUCUAGAUCUAUAAUACUAAAAGUAAAAACAUAAUAUACAUCGAGCCCUAUUUGCAUAAAUAACGUAAGCGCCAAAAAGCAAAUUUUACAAGAAAGAGUUUUUUUGAGUUGUCGUGUGUCGUGUUUCGUAUGCCGUCUGUCGCUUACGUUAUAAUUGACUGCCCAAUAUCUCCGCAAAUAUAUAAAAUUAAAAUUUAAUAUUUUUAGUUCAUAUGCGGUUGGUAAUUAUGUAUCAAAAACAAAUUUCGGCGAAAUGGCGCUUACGUUAUUUAUGCAAAUUAGACUCGAUAUUUAUAAUAAGAUUUGUUGUUUCAUGAUAUCUGAUAAAAAAUAAAAUGAAUUCAUGUCCGUUAA